AAAAAGAAAGGGACAAAGGACAACUGGAAUUAAGAGGAUUUCCAGUCUGUUCUGGUGGCUUGUCCAGAAGGAUGCUUCAGUUCCUGCUUCUCACCUGCCUCUUCAUCACAAUCACACCUGUAUCACCAAUGGCCCUAGAUCCUUGUUCUGCUUACAUCAGUUUGAAUGAGCCAUGGAGGAACACUGACCAUCAGUUGGAUGAGUCUCAAGGUUCUCCUCUAUGUGACAACCAUGUGGAUGGGGAGUGGUACCGCUUCACAGGCAUGGCGGGGGAUGCCAUGCCCACCUUCUGCAUACCGGAAAAUCACUGUGGAACCCAUGCGCCUGUCUGGCUCAAUGGCAGCCACCCUCUUGAGGGUGAUGGCAUUGUGCAACGCCAGGCCUGUGCAAGCUUCAAUGGGAACUGCUGCCUCUGGAACACCACAGUGGAGGUCAAGGCUUGCCCGGGAGGCUACUAUGUGUAUCGUCUGACCAAGCCGAGUGUCUGUUUUCAUGUCUACUGUGGUCAUUUUUAUGACAUCUGCGAUGAAGACUGCCAUGGCAGCUGUGUGGACACCAGUGAGUGCACAUGCUCUCCGGGAACUGUGCUAGGCCCCGACAGGCAGACAUGCCUCGAUGAAAAUGAAUGUGAGCAAAACAAUGGUGGCUGCAGUGAGAUUUGUGUAAACCUGAAAAAUUCAUAUCGCUGUGAGUGUGGGGUUGGCCGUGUGCUAAGAAGUGAUGGCAAGACAUGUGAAGACAUUGAAGGAUGUCACAGUAACAACGGUGGUUGCAGCCACCUGUGCCUGGUGUCUGAGAAGGGCUAUCAAUGUGAAUGUCCCCGGGGCUUGGUGCUAUCUGAGGAUAACCACACAUGCCAAGUCCCCGUGCUGUGCAAGUCGAAUACCAUUGAAGUGAGCAUCCCCAGGGACCUGGUUGGCGGUCUGGAGCUCUUCCUGACCAACACCUCCUGCCGAGGAGUGUCCAAUGGCACCCAUGUCAACAUCCUCUUCUCCCUCAAGACAUGUGGCACAGUGGUUGAUGUGGUAAAUGACAAGAUUGUGGCAAGCAACCUCGUGACAGGCCUACCCAAGCAGACCCCAGGGAGCAGCGGGGAUAUUAUUAUCCGAACCAGCAAACUGCUGAUCCCGGUGACCUGCGAGUUUCCACGCCUGUACACCAUUUCCGAAGGAUAUGUUCCCAACCUUCGAAAUGCCCCAUUGGAAAUCAUGGGCCGAAGUCAUGGAAUCUUCCCAUUCACUCUGGAGAUCUUCAAGGACAAUGAGUUUGAGGAGCCUUACCGGGAAGCUUUGCCCACCCUCAAGCUUCGAGACUCCCUCUACUUUGGCAUUGAGCCUGUGGUGCACGUGAAUGGCUUAGAGAGCCUGGUGGAGAGCUGCUUUGCCACCCCCACCUCCAAGAUCGAUGAGAUCCUGAAGUACUACCUCAUCCAGGAUGGCUGUGUUUCAGAUGACUCAGUGAAGCAGUACACGUCACGGGACCACCUAGCAAAGCACUUCCAGGUCCCUGUCUUCAAGUUUGUGGGCAAAGACCACAAGGAAGUGUUUCUGCACUGCCAGGUCCUCGUCUGUGGCCGGCUGGACGAGCAUUCCCGCUGUGCCCAGGGCUGCCACCGGAGAAUGCGUCGUGAGGCAGUGGAUGGAGAGGACACAGCUGGUCCACAGAGCCAGAUGCUGACAGGCGGCCCCAUCAGCAUCGACUGGGAGGACUAAGAGCACCCAACACCCAACUCCUGGCUUUGGGCUGCCCACCUCUGUGGAGCUUCUCCCCAUGGCCUCUGAGAACAUCAGUCAACACCCUAGAACAUGGCACUUCUUUAAACCUCACACUGUGGGUUUAGACCGACUCCCAGAACUGACUCAUUCUGAGUCUGGCCCCUGGGUCAGGAGAGGUCACUUCACUACUGAUGCCCUGACCCACAUGGGGCUUCAUCCUCCUGAUGCCAGAGAGUAGCAGUUCACCCCACUUCCCACAUUUCUUUCCUACAAUAAAACAUCUAGUAUAGGAUGCAGUAGGACCACUAAAAUCAAGAGUUGGGUAUGAUAUUUCAAACUACAAACUUAAAGUAAAUUAAAUAGUUGCUUGAAAUUAUGACUUAAAUAUCCAAUGAUUACUUAAAUAUGUAAAUAAUAAUUAUGCUCUGAAAUUUUUUUUCUUUUCCUUUUUUUCCCCCUUUUUCUCCCCCCCAUCCCGCUCUGAAAUUUCAAUUCAAAUACAGAAUAGUUAUAGGGGAUUUGGAAGUUUAUCAAUAUGUGUGUACUAAAAAUUACUAUUUGAUUUUCCUCUUGCACGUUUUCUUUUGAUAUUUUUAUAUUAAGUGAAAUAUAUUCAAUUAAUAAAUAUUAAUAAAUUUAUUAAUGUCCAACGUGCCUCAGUGGCACAGUCGGUUAUGCA